AUUUUUUUCAUUCAAAACGAGCAAUUUUUUUUUUUCAUCUAUUUGUUAUACAAAAAAAAAAGAAAAAAUGUUAUAUGAAGAAUUACCAUCACAUGAUUACCCAAUUUCUCAAACAUCACAAAAUUCCAUGAGACCAUUAAAAGAUUAUGUUCUCAAAUUAUCUAUCACAAUUAAUAUUUUAAUAAUUUGGUCAGCGAUACAAGGAAUAAUUUCAUUUCAAAUUGGAAAAAAUUUUAAUUCAUCAUUAUUAAUUGCAUUUGGUAUUUCUUCUUUCUCACAAAUCAUAAUUAUCCUUUACAUUUAUUAUAAACUUUUAACAGAUCAUUAUAAAUCAACGUUAAUACAUACUAGAAAUUAUUUUGAUUCUCGUAAAAAGAUUGAAAAUUUAAUUGUGAUAUUUGGAAUUAUCAUUUUUAUUAUAUUAGCAAUAAUUACCAUAUUUAUUGAUUUUUAUGCUAUAAAAAAAGAAAAAGAUCAUCCAAAAAAACCUUUACCACCAGGAACGAUUCCUCCAUUUAAUAAUCAUUCCGUUUCAAGAAUACCUUGGCAACUUUUGGCGUUUGGUAUAUACAUAUUACAUCCUUAUAUAGCUUUGAUUUUUACUACUUGGUAUUUAUCUUUCUCACAACGAUCUGAGGUUUUGAAUGAAGCAAGUAAUUGGGUUGGAUUAUACUUACCAAAUACUUAUGCAAUAUUUAUUUAUAGUCAAUUAUUAUUUAAUAAAUGGCAUGAAGUAAUUUUUACGUUAAUUAUUGCAUUGAUGUUUGUGGUAUAUGCUAUAAUAUUGGGAUGGACGUAUUUGCAGAAUGAAAAAAGUAAUAUUGGAAGUGAGAUCCUCUAUAGUUCUGAAAUUGAAGAUUUAGAGGAAGAAUAAAAAUUUAUAUUUAUAUGUACAAAAAAAAAAAAGAA